AUGCCGAGAAGUCCAAAGUCCAAGCCCAAGGCUGUAGCCGCCAGGGACCGUCAAUUCUGGUCCUGGACUAAGAUCAACAAUUUCCCCAAAGCGCAAAAGGACGACCUUAUCGCUCAGCUCAUGGAUCAGCUCCAUGAAGAUGGUCAUCUCACCCUGGAUCUUCGAUCGAUUCAAGCCCAGUAUACCAUGGAGGAAGGCAUCAGGCGACAGAUUGAGCGGAUGCCGCCUGCGUUCCGGGCUUUGCAUACGCAGAGAGGCGCCGAAAUGAGACGUCGCUUGAGACUUCUCGUCAGUGCUAGGAAGAGGGAAUAUCUGGCUGCCAAGGAGGGAAGGAAGAAGAAAUCAACGUCUCCAAAGCAGUCUCCGAAGCAGUCUCCAAAGGGAGAGAGGCGGCGGGCGCAACCUCAGCAGACACAGCCUGCGCAGGCCAAACCUGAGCAAACCCAAUCUGAACAGAGCCAACAUAAACAGCCUGAACUCUUACCGACGGAGCCCGCUACCGAAUCCGAGAAGGAGCAACUUCAGCGAAUCAAGAAGGGCUCGCCAGACGCCUCAGGUGAUCGGUCCAAGUAUAUCCGCGACGACAAUAUCUUUGUGUACGGGUCCGAGGACGACGUCGACAACUUGCUGGAACUCCGAGUCUUAGAGCUUUCAACUCUCCAUCCUGAGAAGCAGCCGGAAAAUCGCAUUCCCAUUAGCACCAUCCAAUUCGAAAGGUUUCAGGAAUUGGUGCGUCCUCUCGGAUAUGACCCGGAGAAACAUGAUAUCUGCUUCUUGAACAUCGAAGUUCGUAACAGACGGCAGACGGUUGUUGUAGAUUCCAAGAAUGGGGUCAUCAGUGGUCUUCUGAUGAUGCAGAUUCGGGGAAACCCAAUUGAGUUCUUCCUUAGGGACAAGGAAGAGGGAUAA